CACAAAAUAAAGAUCACAUAGUGUACUUGAUGGAUAGCACAAAAGAAUUUCAAAGUCAUUGGAUUGUUACAAAAACUCGAACAAUUUCUGAAAUUUUUCAGAAAUAUCCUCGAUUUCUCAAUUACAACGGAGAAUCUAAUUGAUUGACAAAGAGUUUCAAUCUCUCUACCCAAAAAAGGCUGAUAAUUUGAUAUCUAAGUUCUCCACAUUAUAUACAGAGAAGAUUUUGUAUUAUGCUGAGAGUUUUCGUCCUGAACUCUGAACUGUUUGCUGCAUCAAGGAUUAUUCAAGAUGAUAUUUUACACGCGCUACUAAUUCUUGUUGAAUUAUUGCCGAUAACUAACGCCGAAAUUGCAAAGAAAAAGAAAGUUGAUGAAAAAAUUCAAGAGAAUCAAGAAAAUGAUGAAUCUAAAAGAGGGAAAGGGAAAGGUAAAAAACGGAAAUUGAACGAAUUGCAAAACGUUGACCCGAUGAAAACAAAAGUUUUUCCUAACGAAAAUCUGAUAAAAAUUGUAUCCGUAAGUUUUUUAGGUAGAUUUUGUUAGAAAUCUAACUAUUGCAUUAGUCCUCAUGGUGGAAUUUUCACCUGAUUUUUCUAUCAUAUGUCAUAAUUAGUCAAAUAAGUUCCAAAAACACCAUUGGUUAAAAAAUUUAUAUAUGU